AAUCACUUUAAAAAAAUAAAUAAAAAAUUAUUUAGCGAUCGCGGGGCGGAUAUCCGCUUGUGUUGACAGUUCCAGGGUUGCCAACUUUGAUAAGCUACGUUAGUUAAAGUGAGAUUUAAAGUCACCCUCAGGCUGCAGAGUGCAAACAAUGCGCUUAAACCUCAGGACAAUAUUACGGUACAUUAACCGUUGACAUGCUAUUCUUCGUGACGGCAUAACGAUACAAUCCCAAAUAAUCCAGAACGAAUCAGCUAUUUGGUCCUCUUUCACAUUUUCCUCACCAUGUUUAUAUGGUCCUACUGGAAAACUAUAUGGUCCAGACCAGCCGGAGCCUCAAAAGCAUUCAGUCUGCCCAGAGUGGAGAAGGAACUGUUCGAGAGAGAGGAGCGAGCCGAGACGCAACAAGAGAUUCUGAAGAAGGUGGCGAGGAAUUUACCCGUGUACACGCGCACGGCAGGAGGAGCUGUUCGAUACUGCGACCACUGCCAGAUUAUCAAACCUGACCGCUGCCAUCACUGCUCGACCUGUGAGAUGUGUGUGCUGAAAAUGGACCAUCACUGCCCCUGGGUGAAUAACUGUGUUGGAUUCUCAAACUACAAGUACUUUGUGCUGUUCUUGGCCUACGCCUCACUCUACUGUGCAGUCAUUUGUGCUACAGUCAUCAAGUAUUUCAUCAAAUUCUGGACAAAACGGCUGCCUGACACGCACGCCAAAUUCCACAUCUUGUUUCUGUUUUUCGUGGCUGCCCUGUUCUUCAUCAGCAUCCUGUCACUUUUCAGCUACCAUAUGUGGCUUGUGGGAAAGAACAGGACUACUAUAGAAGCUUUUCGGGCUCCCGUCUUCACAAACGGUCAAGACAAGAACGGGUUUUCUCUAGGCUUUAGCCGAAAUGCAGCGGAGGUGUUCGGAGACCAAGCGAAGUACUGGAUGUUUCCUGUUUUCUCAAGUCUGGGAGAUGGACAUUCCUUUGUGACCAGAUUGGUACACAUAGAUCCUGAACAAGCAAACAGUGUCCUCCAGCAAAACGGCAAAAGCUCUGGUGAUGGGAAGGCCGACCCUUGUGUGCUCGGUAACAAUAUUCAACACACAGCGGACGACGGCAAAGAAAAGAACGUUCCUGGAGCCUCUCUUGUGUCCUCACCACUUUCAGACGGAGGCCAGAUAGCCUCGGUGACGAUGGAGUGCGAGCCGUAGCCGGUCUCGGGCACAUCAGUAGACUACGAUGCCUUAAACCGGGAGCAUCAGCGCCUCUACAGGAGCCGUCCUCCACCCUCCUUUUGAGUUUGACAGUGCAGCCUCAAGACGCAUGUUUUCUAUGUACUUUAAAUGGACCGUCCUUCAUCCAGCGUGCUUUAAAACAGCGCCACAACAACACUGUUGUCGUGUCAACAGGGACUGUACAGCGGCCUCGACAGCGGACUGCACCAGUCUGAGGUGAUUCACAGGUUUCGUCUUUGUUUUGAGCCAUAGACAUUCAAAUGAUGUUUUGUUAUUAUUGCAUCUGAAAAACUCUGGGACUGCUUUUUGCAUCUUGAGCCAUGUGUCUACAUUUUCUGUGUUUGAUAUUCAUGAAUUAAUCACAUUAUACAUUCCUACUAGAGAAACAGCCUUUUGUCAGUAUUAAUCCAGCAUUAAUAGCUAAAAGAGAGCCACUAAAGCGAGUAAGUAUAACGUUAUAAAGUAUGACGUUUCAACAGUGUGAGUUUUAAACUCCAAGCACAGUGCAAUUAUGAAGAGCAGCAGUCAGUGGUGGUAUAAUACAGUUUACAUGGUUGAAAAUGGUCAAAGGGCUUUCUGUUUACACUUUUAAGAUAUUUAUUUUUUUCAUUUCAAAUUUUAUACUGUUGUCAAAUAAAAUGUAAGAACCAAAACAUAUUAAACUUAUUUAAAAUGGUUUCAUCUCAUUUCAAACACCAAUACUUGAGAGUAUUUUUUUGUCAAUGAGAUUGCUAUUUUCAUUGCUUUUCAAGCUUUUAUAAAUGGUCUUUCAAUGUAUUCAUUUUAUUGCAAUGAGUUAUUUUAUUUAUAUUUAAUUAGUUGUUUUAAUGCGUAUUGUGCUGCUCCACAGAAUGUUUUCACUUUCAUAAUGUUUGCGACAGUGUGUAUUUUUUAACUUACUGAAUCUUGUGUUUUAAUGCCAAUGAAUAAAUCUCUUCUUUAUUUCUUUUUCUUUUUUUCUAGUUUAAAUAAAAUAAACAUUUAAAUAAGCUGCAUUUAAAUGUUGGAAAGUAGGAGCACAAAAUGAAACUACAAUAAAACUCAUUGGAUACUAUGUCCUUGAGCCUGGACCAGGAUAGAUAAGGUAGACUUUAUAUAGCUGUAGUGAAAGAGUAGCGUCAUCACACAUGCUCCUCUCUGUGCUCACGGCACCUGCUUUAUUGUGUUACAUUCAUUAUAGUGGAAAUGAUAGAACGCGCAGUGUGUAGUUUGCCUGAGUGACCAGUAGACAAUAAUAGUAAUGUGUAGAUGUGACACAUUCUCACAGUAGUUUAAUUACUAACUUCACUGACUGAACUUGGCUUAAUCCCAAGCAGCUAGAGCUGCUACUGUAGUUAGGCCUGUAAAUAACUCUUAUUCUUUGUGACAAAAUUGUUCAUGCAGGGUGACCAUUGUUCUGUAACAAUAAAUGAUUAAGAAAC